AACAAACCAUUCCUGACGAAUCAGUUGAAACACCAUCAAGCAGAAAGUCAGUUAAAGUCAUUAAAAAGAUGAAACCCAGUGUAAGAAAGAUGAAAAAAGUUGUUGUAAAACAAAGACCACCAUUAAAAGAUGUUUGGAAAAAUUUAGAUGAUAUUUCAUUUGAAACUAUUCCUAACGAACCAUUUGCUGAAACCACUAUACUGGACACAGAUUCUGGCGAUUUAAAAAAUCAACCCGUAUCUGUUGAAGCAGAACACAACACCACUGAUGUUUAUUGUGAGGUUACUCCAACCCACACUGAAGAACAUACGAAUGAGAUUAUGAAAAGUUCUGACCAUUUUGAAACCCCUGUUACUUCAGAUACAUUCACUGUAUACCCAGAUGAACCAAAAUCCUUCGGUGCAGUCCCAUUUGAUACGCCCACACCCCCCCUAGUGGAGACUCCUGUUCUUCCUGAGGAUCCUCAGGAGUCCUUGGAGGAGCCAACACAUGGGAGGAAGAUAAAGAGGAUGGGAAGCUCACGUAGGAAGAGAGUGAACAAGGAUGUUGAGAAUGACCAUCUUCCUCAAGAAGAGGUGGUUAAUGUACCAGUGGAAAUUGAACAAGACACAAAAAAUGUUGAAAAUGCUGUAGCUUUUGAAACAGAUUAUACACCAGAAGUUGUCCAAAAUGAACCAGUUGUUGAACCAUUAGCAACCAGUACACCACCAUCUGUAUUUGAGCUAAUGCCAGCUUCUCAAAUUGCUGAACAAGAAUCUGAAAUGGUUUCUGCUGAAGCUAUGAUUGAACCAGAUUCUUACACCAGUAUGGUUGAACCAGAAAAUGGUCUUUACCAGAAAACACCAGAAGAAUCAUUUGUUAAUGAGCAACCAUCUGCAAUUGGUUUUAUUGAACCAGAAUUGGUGCCUGUAGAACCAGAAACCUACCAAAAUGAACCAGAUCUGGCCCAAAGACCAGAAACACCAGAUAUUGAAAAACCAGCAGAGGAAAUUGCCCAGCCAUUAGAACCAGCAGCGGUAGUCCCCCCCCUGAUAACAAUCACUAAUACUGAUCCUAUAGAGCCUACAGAGGCCUCUAGUGGUAAAGAAAGAAAAUCUUCUUCUUCCUCUUCAAGCUCAAGCUCAAGCUCAGACUCUGAUAACGAAAAGGAAUCUAAGAAAAAGGCAAAAGGUUCAGAUGAUGAGAAAAAAGAAAAAUCCAGUUCUGAGGAUGAAAAAAAAGACAAAUCGCCGGAAAAAAGCGCAAAUGGUAAACGUCAUUCACAAGAUAAGGUGGAAGAAUUAUCGAGUGCUGUUCAGUUUUUGAAAACUGUAGAUAAAGAUCAAACAGGAAGUUUAAAAAAGAAAAAAACUUCAUUGGGAGGAAGUUUAAAAAAUCUGACCAGCGUUUCAAAGUUAUCGAAAAGUCGUGAAAGUUUGGGCAGCACAUGGAGUGUGUACAGUGGAACAAGUGCUUUUGCUCAAUCAAUAGAUGUUACUGGUAGUGUUGAGUUUGGAAUGAAAUAUUCGCACAAAACAGGAUCACUAAAUAUUAAUAUAGUAGGCUGUAGUGACUUGGCUGCUGUUGAUGACAAAAAGCUAAGCAAUCCUUAUGUGAAGACAUAUUUGCUCCCGGACAAACAAAGUAAACGAAAAACCAAAGCAAAGAAGAAAACAAUUAAUCCAGUUUAUAACGAAACUUUAAAAUACAUUAUUCCGGAGUCUGAACUGUCAACACGUACAUUAAACGUAGCUGUAUGGCAUGACAAAGUUGGAGUGAAUGUAUUUCUUGGAGAAGUUAAUCUCGAGUUGAAUUUUGUCGAUUUUUCUGACCCACGACAAUCAGAUGUCUAUGUGUUACAACCAAAAGUGGCAUUCACAGACUUUCAUUCCAACACAUACAAUGGAGACAUGAGCAUAGCAUUACGUUAUAUACAGGGCAGGGAAAAAUUUGGUCAGUUGGAGAUAGUUGUACAAGGUGUUCGUAGUCUACCCACCGCUGCUGAUAAAUCAAAUAUUUUUGUUAAAGGAUACUUUUUGCCGGAUAAAGCCAGAGCAACCAAACAGAAAACGCCGCUGUUACAAAGUUCCUCCAAUGUACAGUUUGACCACCAGUUUGUUUACACCAAAGUAGCUUCUGAUGAAUUAUCCCAACGUUGUGUUGAAAUCACAGUAUGGAAGGAAGGCUUGAUUGGUCCCAAUAAACUUUUAGGAGCGGUUAGACUGAGUACUGGUACAGGCCAAAGUUUUGGUGAUAAUGUCCAUUGGAUGGAUUCAACCACAGAAGAAAUUCAACUGUGGCAAAAAAUGUUCGAUAAUUUCGGUUCCUGGUCAGAAGGGACAAUUACAUUACGAAACAUUAAACCAGCGACAUAAACUCCAAAAGAUACAAUUUUUAUGAACAUUUACCAUUUUUACACAGAAAUUUUGUACUCCGUUUCCAAUAUGUGUUAAAAUCAUUAAUUUUCUAAAACCAUAAAACGUCUUGAAAAUUCUUUUGUUUAAAAACCAUUUUUUUUAUUUUUAAAUUGUAAAAUCGGUUUGUAACAAAAAAAUGUUAUUAUAUAGUACUGUAAUGUAAUGCUUAUUAUUGUUGCAAUAGCUGAUCACUAUUAUAGUACAUUUUAUAGAGCUUGAGUGCUUUGUAUAGUACUGUGGGGUAAGAUGGAUACCGUUAGAACAUAAUAUCCCAUAUUUCUUAAUCGUGUCUUAACAAUUACCAACGCUCUUUACAGUCGUACGGAUACGGUUUUAUAAUUCACUCCAAAAUUCUUUGUUUACAACCAAAUGGGGCAAUAAAAGAGAAUGAAAACAUGGACCAUCUUACCCCAACCUACUAUAUAUUAUUACUAUUGUCCAGUAAUUACUGUAUAUCCGAAUCUGUAGCACUUUAGCUGUAACUUUUUUGCACAUGUAAAAACGCAGCACACAUUUUGUUUUAUAUUUAAACCAUUUAUUUUAUAACAUCUUAAUUUGAUGUUAUUAAUAUUAAUUGUAAAUAUUAAGUUUCGUUAGCUUAUGUCUUUAUUUACCACAAUAUGUGUUUAAUUUGUAAACUAGCUGAGUUAAACAUCUGAAAUAUUCAAGUUUAGGUUAAGAAAUACUGUUCUAUUAGUUCAGAAACUUUUUUAAAAAAUUGUGCUCGUAAUUUUGUGUUGUGUUUAUUGAGGGUAGGAUGGUCUAUAUUUUAUUCUUUUUUAUCAAACCAUCUCACCCCACAAUACUGUAUAUUUUUGCUUAACUUAAUUUCGUUUUUUUUGCUUGAUUUUGCACAGUAGCAUAUUUUACCGACGUUUAUAGCUGCGUACUUAUAAUACUCUAUAUCUAAACCUGCUAAAUUUGCAUAUUCGUAUUCCAGCGUUCCAAUGUAAUUUGCCGAAAUCAUUCGCCGAAAUAAAACAAAUUCUGCCAUUUCA